AUGAGGAAGGGCAAAAGGAAGAAGCCAGAGUCUAGACGCCGUGGCUCCACCCCACAGCAGGCCAGCUCCGAGGCCACCCCACAGCAGGCCAGUUCCGAGGCCACCCCACAGCAGGCCAGCUCCGAGGCCAUCCCGCUGCACACCAGCUCUGAGUCCACCUCGCAGCAGCCCAGCCCGGGAUCCACCCCACAGCCCAGCUCUGAAUCCACCCCCCAACCGCCUGCACCCCAGGCUGUCCCAGCUCCCGAAACCAACCCCCCCACCCUGAGCCUGGUGCCUCAGGACACUAACACAAAAGCAUCCUCUCGAUCCAGGAAAACAGGGUCUCUGACUCGUGCGGGCCCGCGGGCCUUCUGUUCCUGUUCUUCUUGCCCUGGCAGCUCUGCUUGCUGGCGUCGCCUGGGCCUGUGUCACAGCCGCAUCUUUGAUGUCCUCCUUCCUCGGGCCUGGCCUACCAUGCCAGGGAGAGGAUCCCCAAGCCUCCUCACUUUCUACAGAAAACCUACAAGAAAACACUCAAGUCAUCGUAAUUCGCGUGCUCCGAGCUCUCGGGACUGCUGCUGUGGCUCUGGGGGCCCUAGGAGCUGCCUAUUACAUCAUUGA